AUGGCCACAUCGUUACCGUUGAGUUCGAAGAUUAAGGCGUCGUUGAGGCAGCCGAAAGAGAUUACGAGUUAUUCGAUAGAUGUGGAGGGCAAAGUGCGGUUCGACGAGUCGUCGCUGAAGUAUUAUUACUUGCCAGAGGCUCAGAUUGACAGUCGGCUGGAGCUGUCUCGAGGAUACAAGGACUUUAAACGCAAGGACGAGUCGAAAGCACAGCAUCUGGAUACGCUGCUGGCGGCUUUAGUGGACCAUGAACGGAAAUCUGGUUCGGAGAAGAUCAAGGCCGAUAUCAUCACAUGGCGAGGCAUCAUGACCAAACUGCUGUGUCUGCCGUAUGAACAGGGUGACGAUAUAGACCUGAAUAUCGAGCUGUUCGAUGGCCAGAUCUUUAUUGAGGAGGAUUUCGAUAUCACCACGUCUAAAAAGCGCAAAAUGGAUGCCAAGGGCGAGUUGAUGUCGUAUUGGGGUAAGUUGUUGCGUUAUGUUGGAUGUGAUCGGGAUGACUCUGAUGAUUCAGAUGACUCUGGUGAUUCAGAUGACUCAGGUCAUUGA